AUGGCCAUGAAUCAGAUCCCCGGCCAUAACAUCUAUAUCGGCGGGAUCUUCUGCCUCAAGAAUAAAGCCGCCUUGGCUCGAGCAGAUAUCACACAUGUCCUGUCUGUGCUACGGCUGAACCCGGUAGAGGAAACCUUUGCAUCGUAUCAGCAUCUAUCUAUAGCGGUAGAUGAUGUCGACGACGAGAAUCUACUGGAACAUUUCCCUGCCGCCGUCCGGUUCAUCCAGGCCGGCUUAGAUGGGGGCGGGGGCGUUCUGGUGCAUUGUGCAAUGGGGAAGUCCCGGUCCGCAGCCGUGUGCAUUGCCUAUCUGCUCCACCAGCAGCCCGGUGCGCUCACACCACAAUCUGCCCUGGAGGGUUUGAGGCAAUCCAGGCCGCUCUGUGAGCCCAAUGACGGCUUUAUGAAACAGCUGGCGCUCUACCACGAGAUGGGCUGCCCAGAUGAUGUCACAGAUAACCCUGUAUACCAGCGCUGGCUAUAUCACCGUGAUGUCGAGGAGAGUGUGGCGUGUGGCCGUGCACCGGAGAUGAGGUCGGUGCGCUUUGAAGAUGAGCUGCCCGUUCAGCCCAAAGAAAACAAUACCGGCCGCUCAGUGGAGAUUAAGUGUCGCAAGUGCCGGCGCACCCUCGCAACAAGCUCGUUCAUCAUCAAUCACGAGCCGAACCAGCCGAACCACGCCAAGGUGCAAUCAGGGACGGAAUGUGCUCAUGUGUUUCUCCAUCCACUGAAAUGGAUGCGCCCCAGUCUAUUCCCAUCCGCAGCUGAGAAUGGCUCGGACCCUGAUGCGGAUUCGACAUACGACGAAUACUCCGCCGAUGCCCCUUUAUCAGGCCGCCUAACUUGCCCCAACUCCGGCUGCGGGGCUAACGUUGGCAAGUUCGCGUGGCAAGGCAUGCAAUGCAGCUGUGGUGGGUGGGUGGUGCCUGCUCUCGGGCUUGCGAAAGCCCGGGUGGAUAUCGCCAGUCAGAUAAAUCGGGCAACACGGGGUCCAGCGGGCCCAGCAGCCCUAGGUAUCCGUCUGCCUCCGGGAAUGCGCCCACCUGCGACCGAGGACCCAAAUUCUGGGCGCGGCAACCUCUGA